GGUGAACGAUUUCGUUUUUUGACGGCUGUCCCCAUACACGCUGUACAAACAAGAGCAACGGCCGCUGUCGUGCCGCCGUGCCUCCACCCGCCCAAUUGGCACCGCACCGUGCCGUACGCAGCCCAUCGACGCCUCGCCGAGUCGCGUUCCCCCAGUUCUCGUGUCUCGACGCCCGCCCGCAUCAGGGGCACGCCCGCCGCCGCCGACCUCUGUCACCGCUGCUACGCGCUCUGGUGACUACAGCGCCGCCCAAGCAUCCCGUGAUGCCCUCGCGCCUACGGAAGCGCCCACAGCCCGACCCCAGGUGCCAUGCCCGGCUGGAGACCGCUGCCGCGGAUCGCCUUCGCAAUAUGCACAUACCCGUUCCAACCCUCGUCGCCCGCCGACCUGCCCCUCGAAAUCGGCGACGAGCUGUACAUUAUUGAGCAGGGCGGCAAGGACGGCGCCUGGUUCCGCGGCUACCUCGUUGCGCCGCCCUCGCUGCUGGCCGGCCUGACGAGCGUCAAGGGCCAGACGCUCGAGGCGCGAGUCUUCUCGGGCAUCUUCCCGCGCUGCUGCGUCGAGGUGCGCGAGGUGCUCGGCGAGGGCAAGACGACGCCCACGCCCACGCCUACCGCAGACACCACCGAAGGCGCCGAGCAGCGCAGCAAUGGCGCGCACAGCCACGACACCAACGGCCUCAUCACGCCCACGGGGAGCACCAGUGCCACGCCGCCCUCCAAAGCGUCGGCCUCGCACGCCAGGAGGGCCUCCAGGUCCGAUGCCGUCUCGCUGCUGCCCUCGUCCGCAGCCCGGCCCCUCUCGCGCCGUCGCUCGACCAAGAACCGCGCGGGCAGCCACGGCUCCCAGUGGUCUGCGCGCGCCGACCACCUCCAGCAGCUUGCGCUGCCGCUCUCACCCGUGUCCCCGACGUCCCACGAUCCCACCGCCCCGCGCCCGCCUGCGCCGGUGCCCAUGCUCAAGAUUGGCGACGAGACGCCCACCUCGACCCAGGAACCACUCGUCGACGAGAUAGCGUCGUGUCUGCGCGAAUGGCACUCCACCAAGCUACACGAGCUCCUGCUUGCCCGCAAGUACAGUGCGUUGGACAAGAUGUCGGGGCUGGUCAAUCGAUUGGACCAGGCCCGGCGCCAGCUGUUGCACAAGGUCCUGACCCAUAAGGAGCUGGAUCAAGUGCGCGAGGCCACAGUGUGGGAUCUCGUCGCAGGAAACAAGAUGCUCUGUGGGGAUGUCAUAGUGCGCAGCCCCUCGCAGCGGGGACGCAUACUCACUGGCGACGAUUCCGCCAUUGAGGUCACCAAAUUACAGUCCAUGAUGAGCCUGCUGGACGGCCGACCACUGCCGCACGCUGACGAGCACAACCUACAUCACCUCUUUGUAAGCUUAAAACGCGUCUUGGGUGACGUGGCGCACAAUGGCGCUCAGAUCAGCAUGCAUCUAUGCCACAAAGCACCCGGCGCGGCGCCCGUACCACUCUCCGAGGCCUACUCUUUUGACUUGACCGCGCGAGAUGGAACGCCUGUGACCCUUUCCGGGGAUAAGCUGAGAUCGUUGUUUGUGGAUUUGAGCUCGACCGACAUCGGCGAAGGCGCGGGUUCUGGGUCCAGCCUGUAUCUGAUCUUCAAACUCCUCACGAACGAGCCUAUUCGCCUGGCUGUAUCCCCAAAGGAUAGCCUGUCGCGAGAUGGUACGCCUCCCGGUACUAAUGGGAUACAGCCCUCGCAAGUCGGGAGCAUUAAAGGUGGACGUCGUAGUGUGAUGUUCGGCUCCAAACGCAAAGAAUCGACACACUCUAGCACCAGCUCGGUGGACCUUCGAACCACGCCAUCUGUGGACACUACUCGCAGUGAAAGCCGAGACGGACGACCUGGAUCUGCCGCAGUUACUAAACCUAGAUCGAACUCCAAGGACCAGAAGACGCUGAAAAGAGUUGUAGCUGUGGGCGUGCACCGUGUGGAUCAACUUCUGCGGUCGAAAUCAGAAGCUGAUCAGAACAUCGAUCUGUGGUCUGUGCCUCAAGCACUUGAUGAAAUCACCGAGGAAGAUGUUGGUUGGGAUGAUUUCUUGAAUGAGAUCUACCCGAGUCCUAACGGAAAGUACACGAAGCAUUCUUCGGUAAAACGCAUGACUGUGCACCUAAAAGCAUUUGCACACUCCGAUGCGGAAGUGCUUAUCGAGAAGACGCCCACGUUGCUGCACAGCAUCAAGCCGUCCCGAAAGAUUGGUUUCUCUGGAGCUCCCACAAAGCCACGGAGUGACAUCUACCUGACCCUAAGCGAAGCAUUCCUCCCCAAAAACGCAUUCCUUGCCCAUCCGAAGACUGGCACCGUACCUCUGACCACGACCUCGUCCAUGAACAACCUCCAAUUAACCAUUGAGGUUCGGAAAUCCUCAGGCGAGCGGAUCGAAGGCUGUAUCUACCCUGCAGGCAACAGCGCCGGACAUACCGCAUGGAGAACCACAGCUGUGGAGCGAGGUGAGAAGUGGAAUCUGACGGUGCGGUUAGCUAUCAAGCCUGAGGAAGUCCCCGGAUCGCACAUUGUUAUGAGCAUUGCCGACGCCCCCGGUUUCCCUUUCGCUCUAUGCUGGAUGCCGCUGUGGACCCAGGAUGCAUUCGCGCGGGACGGCGAUCACGCUUUAUCCCUAUACCGUUACGACGAAUACACCUCGAGUAUGAUCGCCGGUAAGGGUGCCUAUCUUGGUCUGCCGUGGAGUGCGAGGAAAAAGGAUGAUCAGGUUAUGGGUCCUCUGGCAUCGUUGCACCUGAGGACUUUCCUUUGCAGUACGAAGUAUUCACAAGACCCGAAUCUUCUGGGCCUUUUGAAAUGGCGAGAUCAAGCUGGUGGUGAUCUCGUCGGUCUACUGCGACGCUUUCCCUUUGUGCCGGAAAUCGAGGUCGUCAAACUUCUUAACGAGGUCUUUGAGGCUCUUUUCGAAAUCCUCGUUGAGUAUGCCGGUAGUGAUGAGUAUGAAGAUCUCGUUUUCAACGCACUGGUCAUCAUACUAGGCAUAGUACACGACCGACGGUUCAACCUUGCUCCGCUGGUUGAUCAGUAUGCUGAGACAAAGUUCAACUAUCCCUUUGCGACGGCAUGCCUGGUGCGCAGCUACACGCGUUUACUAACAAGCCCGUCCGACCCUGACUCUUCACGACGGUUACGCGCGACAUUCAAAGUUGGCAGGCACAUCCUAAAGUUCAUCAUGAAUGCCCGGCAACAGCAGAAGGAAAAAGAAGCAGGCAUCGGAAUCACCACUCGUAACCCGACCUUCGCGAAAGACAUCUAUGCAAUCUUCAAGUCACUGGAGCUCCUCAUGGGCAAUCCCUCUGCUGUUCUCAUUGGCACGAAGACGAUUCUGGUCCAGAACUUUCAUUCCUGGCUGCCGGAGCUCACGGUUUCAAUGACGCCAAUGGAAAUUCUCAAGCUUACGUCCAGCUUCAUCGACUCUUGCGUUGCGGCAUCCGGAAAGCUCAUCUUGUACAAGUUACUGCUGAUCCACCACAUUGCCGGUCUAGAUAUCUUCAAAACACCGGACACCAGGAAGGUGCUUCUCUCCAAUAUUCAGAAAUGGCUUGCGCCGCACUGGGGCAAAGUCGAGCAAGUCACUGAUCAGUGGAAGGACCAAGUUCGACUUUGCUGUUCGGUCGUUGCGUCACUAGUAGAAGAGCUUGGUCACGACGCGUGUGAAUAUAUCCCCAAAUUGGUCGAUUCGUACCGCGCAAUUCAAGCCACACCGCGGCCUACUAAGAAGACUUUGUCGCUCCUCUUUCCGACGGCCUACCCGUUUCCCACGCGGCCUACCGCGGUGCAAACACCCUUCGACGAAGCUCUCAUUGAAAUUUCAGCUGUACUCGCGGCUCUGUCAAGCCUGCCAAUCAACAUUGACCUAGACUGGCCGAAGGAAGACCUUGCCAGUUUCUUGUUCUCCACCUUGCAAGUGUACAUAUCGAUCUUAGACUGCGAAGCAUUCCCGAGCUCCUGGUUGAGUGUUCACAUCUUCCACCACAGAGCCACGAUGCGAGCGCUGGAAAAGCUUUCCGGCGUGCUGAUGGACUCUUUCUUGCCACAUCCCGACGAAGCUGACUCCUUCAACACCGAUCUUUGGCGUGCGUUCUUUGACGCCCUGUUGAAGCUGGUUGGCAGCGAUGCGUUGGCGUUGGAGACUUUCCCUGAACAGAAACGACGAGCGGUGUGGAAGAUUGCCGGCGACAUUCGUGAGCUUGGUGCAGACUUGUUGCAACGCAGCUGGGAAUCAAUCGGAUGGGAGGCCAGCAGUGAAGAUAAGAAGCAGUACGGCUUGGAGAAGAUGGGCGGGUUCCAGGUGCAAUACGUCCCAGGAUUAGUCGCACCAGUUGUCGAGCUCUGUCUCAGUGUUCACGAGGGCCUUCGCAGUGUCGCCAUCGAGGUUCUCCAGACCAUGAUUGUCAGCGAGUGGACUUUGAGCGAGGACCUGUCAUUGAUUCAAGCUGAGAUGAUUGACUGUUUGGACCGCCUCUUCAAGACGAGACCGCUAACUGAAGUGGUCCUGCAGAAGCACUUCAUUCAAGAGCUUGUCGACCUUUUCGAGCCGAUGGCCCAAACCUCUGAUGAAAACCUUUUCACGGCAGUCAAGAACUUGAUCACGACGAUCGACGAGCUCUUGGAUCUAUUGGUUGCCGUUCACAGCACCGAAGCAACUGGCGAGGUUUUCCACAUCAUGGACACGCUCCAUUUGAUGGAGUUCUUGAAAGACAUGCAGAAAGAAGACAUGUACAUUCGAUACGUUCACCAGCUUGUACAGCUCCAAGUGGAUGCGCAAAAUUUGACGGAAGCGGGUCUUGCAUUACGACUACACGCUGAGCUUUACGAGUGGGAUCCUACAACGAUCGUUGAUCCGUUGGUCGACCCUGCCAUGCCUGCGCAGAGCUCCUUCGACCGUAAGGAGCAGCUGUACUUCCAGAUGAUCGACCACUAUGAGAACGGCCAAUCAUGGGACAAUGCGCUCGGUUCAUACAUGGAAUUGGCUACGCAGUAUGAGCAUAACGUCUUUGAUUUUGCGAAAUUGGCUAGGACCCAGCACGCCAUGGCAAAGAUUUAUGAAAGCAUCGCCAGGGGUGAGCGUUCGAAUGCACGUUACUUCCGUGUGGUGUACAAAGGGUUGGGCUUUCCUGUCAGUUUACGUGAUAAGCAUUUCGUCUUCGAAGGUUCGCCAAACGAUCGCCUAGCUACGUUUACCGACCGUAUGCAACAGCAGCAUCCCGCGGCACAAAUUCUCACUGCUGGGAUGGAACAAGAUGUCGAGGGUCAGUAUCUACAGAUUUACCCUGUCAGCGCUCAGAAAGACAUGACGCACCCAGUCUACCAACGGGCGAAGGUCGCCCAAUCAAUCAGGGACUACUACUUGCUCUCGAGGCCGUCCCAUUUCACGACUGCGUCUCGACGCACCGAAGGGCCAUCUAAGGAUGUGACGGUUGAGAAGACGGUUUACACCACUGCCGAGACCUUCCCAACAAUCUUGCGGAGAAGCGAGAUUGUUGCUGUUGGUACUGUCACGCUGACGCCGCUGCAAACUGCCAUCGAGCGUACAACGCGAAAGACUGUAGAAUUAGCAUCUCUAGAAAAGAAGAUAGCUGGCGGCGAAGAGUUGCUCUUUACAGAGCUGACACGAGAGCUGAUGUUCGCCGUCGAUACAACCCAGGACACCAGUGUCGCUAGGUAUCACGAACUGCUUCCAGAACCCCGACGUAACUCAUUUGAGUCGGAUGAGGAAGAUGCCGAGGAAGUCAAGGAACCCAAUCUACUGGAGAGCGCGCUCAAGGUUGCAUUGGUCGACUAUGCUCUGGUCAUCCGUCGUUGUCUAGCCUUGUACACGAGGCCAGCCCAACAAGCGACCAGGGCAGACUUGAAUCAGCGCCUCGAGAUGGCAUUCCAAGACGAAUUGGCAAACCUCAUGCCAGUCGUCGUACCCGUGCAGCAACACGUUCGAUCUCCCACAGGAUCCUGGCUGGUGUCGGCGACGGCUACAUCGCCCAUGACUAGUCCAUCGCUCGGCACGACACCAAAGAUGAAUGGUACACGGGUCACCUCUCCUAUACCAGAUGCAAGACCAGCACGUCAAGACAAGAAGCGGAUGAGCCUUUCUUUCUUCGGCAUAGGAGCCCCUGUUGGCGAGGAAGACACGAAACAGUCAGAGAAGGAACGCAAGCAAGAGAAGUCUAUCGCAGACGACAGCGUAGAUGCUGCAUCGACUAGCGCAUCAUCACGAAGCCGUAGCAAAGACCGAUCAAAGCACCGGCUGAGCCGCAGCCUCGUAUCACCCGGGUCGCCCGUGCCUGAAGCACUGCCUCAUUUUCCUAGCCAGCCGGCAUCGAGCCAAAACAGCCUGGCCAAAGUCCGGAGCCGUGCAAGCAGCCGCGGGCAGAGUGUCGACAGCAGACCGCCAACUAGCAAGAGCAUCAAGAGCGAGAGAUCCGAGGGGCAGAGCAUGAGCAGCAGCGUGAAGAAGCGCUUGAGCAACUUCUAUCUGGGAAAGAAGAGCAGCAAGGCGAGCGUCAGGGGACGCGUUGAUGAUACCCUAGAGGAGGAGUAAGAUUUCCAUUCACCGUACCGACUAUUAUCGCCACAUUUGCUU